UGUGUCUUCUCAAGAUGCAAUUGAGGUCAGAUCACUGUAUUUCUAUUAGACUUGGAACAUCAGUUACGGGACAAAAUUGGAUGCUCACAAAUGUUUUCGUUGUUAUCGUAUCAAUGCUUAUUUAGAGCAAACCCAUAGUUGCGUAAUGUUCAAACGAUAAAAAUACAAUUUGUAAAAUGAUAUAAAAUUUUAGAUUGUACCAGCGGCGUUUAUUGUCAGAACGGCGGCACCUGCAAGACUAUAAACGAAGGUCUGGACUAUGAGUGCACAUGUCCCAAAGGUUGGAAUGGAAAGAACUGUACCUUCAUCGGUAAUCGACUGGGAUUGCUGUUUUGUCAAUCUUGAUGCUGGCCACAGCUGACUUUUAUUUUGUGCAUUUGUUUUAUAAUAUACAUUAUCUUAACUCGGACAUAAAUCUGGUAUUACAUUGGCUGAACCAUGUCAUAUGCUGACUGCCUUUCUUUCAAUAUUAGGUGAGUUACUUUUCAUAUUUGGUUAGUAACGUCAAAUGACGUCCCGGAUGUAAACAAGACAACAUAAUAUAAUACCGAUUGACAAACUGUUAUAUUGUUAUUACGUUGAUGAAGCACUAUGAAGGAUACUCGGUAAAAUAAAUUCGCUAAACGGCUUCUUACUGACAACGCACGGAGUGAUACAGGAUAGUAAAUUGUAUUAUAUUCUUUGGCUGCGCUAUUUACGUGCCUUUAACACACCGUACUGGGUCAGUUAAAAGCCUUGUAAAUAGUUACCAACAGACUCUGAAAUAUGUUAUAGUGAGAAAUAUAUUGCUUUAAUAAAUGUACAAUUUUAUCAUUUUUAUUGAGUUCAUUGUUUAUUUUUAAAUGUUUGCAAACACAAAGUUACGUCAAUUAUGCACAUUGAAACGAUAAACAAUUCGAUAAGUAGACGGAAACCAAAUUUCAGAUUGUAACAGCGGUGUAUACUGUAAAAACGGCGGCACUUGUCGGGCUACAAACGAAGGUCUGGACUAUCAGUGCACAUGUACCAAAGGUUGGACAGGGAAGAACUGUACAUCAAUAGAUUGUGACAGCGGCAUAUACUGUGAAAACGGCGGCACUUGCAGGACGACGGGUCAAGGCUAUGAGUGCGCAUGUACAACAGGAUGGAAAGGAAAGAAUUGUACCUUGAUAGACUGCAGCAGUGGACAAAUUUGCACCAAUGGCGGUGUGUGUAUGGAAAAUGGAACGGACUACACGUGUAUAUGCAAGAGUGGGUGGAAUGGCAAGAACUGUGAACGCGUCGUCUGUACCUGGUCUGGACAUUGCAACGACCGUGGAACCUGUGUCCCAACAUCUACCAAUACCGACUAUACGUGCAGCAAUUGUUCUUCAGGAUGGAAAGGAAAAAGUUGCCAUCUCGUUGACUGCAUCAGUGGAUCGCAUUGCACCAAUGGCGGUGGUUGUGUGGAAAACGGAACUGACUACACGUGUGUAUGCAAGAAUGGGUGGACAGGAAAGAACUGUGAACUCGUCGUCUGUACCUGGUCCGGACAUUGCAACGACCGUGGAACUUGUGGUCCAACAUCUACCAAUACCGACUAUACGUGCAGCAAUUGUUCUUCAGGGUGGAAAGGAAAAAGUUGCCAUCUCGUUGAUUGCACCAGUGGAUCGUAUUGCAACAAUGGCGCUGUGUGUGUUGAACACGGAAUGAACUAUACAUGUGAAUGUAAAGAUGGAUGGAGCGGCAUGACCUGUGAUAUAGUCGUCUGCACCUGGUCUGGACAUUGUUACGACCGUGGAACGUGUGUUCCUAUAGCUAACAAUACCAACUACGAGUGCAGAAAUUGCGCUUCAGGAUGGAAAGGAAAGAACUGCCAACUUGCUGACUGCAGCAGUGGAUCGUAUUGCACCAAUGGCGGUGUUUGUGUGGAAAACGGAACAGACUACACGUGUGAAUGCAAUAAUGGGUGGACCGGCAAGAACUGUGCCCGCGUCGACUGCACCUGGUCCGGACAUUGUAACGACCGUGGAACGUGUGCCCCAACAUAUACCAAUACCGACUAUACAUGUGACAAUUGCGCUUCAGGGUGGAAAGGAAAGAGUUGCCAUCUCGUUGACUGCAGCAGUGGGUCAUAUUGCAAACAUGGCGCCGAGUGUGUAGAAAACGGAACGGACUACACGUGUGUAUGCAAGGAUGGGUGGAACGGAACGAAUUGUGAAGUUGUUGUCUGUACGUGGUCUGGACAUUGUAACAGCCGUGGUACAUGUUUUCCCAUAUCUAACAAUACCAAUUACGAAUGCAGAAAUUGUACUUCAGGAUGGAAAGGAAAGAGCUGCCAUCUCGUUGACUGCAGCAGUGGGCAGUAUUGCACCAAUGACGGCGUUUGUGUUGAAAACGGAACGGACUACACGUGUGUUUGCAAGAAUGGAUGGAACGGGAAGAACUGUGAACGCGUCGUCUGUACCUGGUCCGGACAUUGUAACGACCGUGGAACUUGUGUCCCAACAUCUACAUAUACCGACUUCACGUGUAGCCAUUGUUCUCCAGGUUGGACAGGAAAAAGUUGCCAUCUCGUGGAUUGUAGCACUGGAUCGUAUUGCACCAAUGGCGGUGUUUGUGAGGAAAACGGAACGGACUACACGUGUGUAUGCAAGAAUGGGUGGAAUGGAAAAAACUGUGAACAAGUCGUCUGUACCUGGUCUGGACAUUGUAACGACCGUGGAACCUGUGUUCCAACAUCUACCAAUACCGACUAUACGUGCAGCAAUUGUACUUCUGGAUGGAAAGGAAAAAGUUGCCAUCUCGUGGAUUGCAUUAGUGGAUCGUAUUGCACCAAUGGCGGUGUGUGUGUUGAAAACGGAACGGACUACACGUGUGUAUGCAAGAAUGGGUGGAACGGAGAGAAAUGUGAACUCGUCGUCUGUACCUGGUCUGGACAUUGUAACGACCGUGGAACUUGUGUCCCAACAUCGACCAAUAUUGACUUCACGUGCAGCAAUUGCGCUUUAGGGUGGAAAGGAAAAAGUUGCAAUCUCGUUGACUGCAGCAGUGGAUCGUAUUGCACAAAUGACGGUGAGUGUGUUGAAAACGGAACAGACUACACGUGUGUAUGCACGAAUGGGUGGGACGGCAAGAAUUGUGAACUCGUCGUCUGUACCUGGUCUGGGCAUUGUAACGACCGUGGAACUUGUGUCCCGACAUCGACCAAUACCGACUACACGUGCAGCAAUUGCGCUUCAGGGUGGAAAGGAAAAAGUUGCCAUCUCGUUGACUGCAGCAGUGGAUUAUAUUGCACCAAUCUCGGUGUUUGCGUGGAAAAUGGAACGGACUACAAGUGUAUAUGCAAGGAUGGUUGGACCGGAAAGGAUUGUGAACUUGUCGUCUGUACUUGGUCAGGACAUUGUAAUGACCGUGGAACUUGCGUUCCAACAUCAACCAAUACCGACUUCUCGUGCAGCAAUUGCGCUUCCGGGUGGAAAGGAAAAAACUGCCAUCUUGUUGACUGUGGCAGUGGAAAAUACUGCACCAAUGAUGCUGUUUGUGUGGAAAGUGGAACGGACUACACAUGUGUAUGCCAGGAUGGCUGGUCCGGAAAAGAUUGUGAAUUCGUCGUCUGUUCUUGGUCCGGACACUGUAACUUUCGUGGAACGUGUUCACCAACAUCUACUUCAACCGACUAUGUGUGCAACAAUUGCGUUUCAGGAUGGAAAGGGAAAAGUUGUCAUCUCGUUGACUGCAGCAGUAGACAGUAUUGCGCAAAUGACGGUGUUUGUGUGGAAAAUGGAAUGGACUACACCUGUUUUUGCAAGGAUGGGUGGAGCGGAAAGGACUGCGAACUCGUAGUCUGUAACUGGUCGGGACACUGCAACAGCCGUGGAGCGUGUAAUCCAACGUCCACUUUUAUGGAUUUCACGUGCAGUAAUUGUAAUGUUGGUUGGAAAGGGAAAAGUUGCCAUCUCGUUGACUGCAACAGUGGAGUUUAUUGCAAAAAUGGCGGCGUAUGUGUGAACGAUGUCAGCAGUGGAACGGACUAUCGAUGCAUCUGCAAAGAGGGCUGGACAGGAAAGGACUGCCAGUUCAUUGACUGCGCAAGCCCAAUACGUUGUUUGAACGACGGGGAAUGUCACUUACAAAACGGUGGACUGGAGUUCAAUUGCACGUGCGCGAAAGGUUAUCUCGGUGAUAACUGCCAGAUAGAUAUGUGCUCCCCGUAUAUGAUUGCCGACAUUGCACUGGUAAUUGACGUGUCCGACAGUCAGACAAACACGGUUUUUCAAGAACUGAAGGAGCAUUUAAAAUAUUUAAUAUCACAGUUUCCGGUCGGCCCAAAUCACUUUCAGUUCACUAUAAUCCUCUAUGGUAAACAGCCCCAUGUUGUGUUUCACUUGAACAACACCUAUGACAACGAUACCAUCUUGGACGCUGUGGACAAUAUGACAAUCCCAGACACAAUACGGGGACCAACCUUCACCGGCGAAGCGUUGGAAUUUGUAUACAAAGAAAGUUUUCACGAAUCUAACGGAGGUCGGUCUGAGGUUGAUAGAUAUGUGCUUGUACUCACGGACGGAAUGGCAAGCGAUAGACAAAAAACGCUUGAGCAGGCCAAGCGACUGUCUUCUAUUUCGUAUAAUCAAGUACUAGGCGUCGGAGUCGGUAAAUAUGUGUUGCAUGAAGAAUUGUUGGCAAUAACUGACACUGUGAGGAACGUCCAUCCUCUGUUUGGUGACAACACCAUCGUCAGCCUCUUGAAACGGACAAUGUUUGGGUGUGGCCGCUGCACAACAUCAUAUUCUGAUGUGGCGUUAGCAUUCGAUGUCGCAUCGUUUGGCUACGAGCAGUUGGAAGAAUCUCUGAAAGUUGCGGAAGUUCUAAUUGCAAACAUUCACACGGGCAUCAAUCAAACACGAAUCAGUCUGUCAAAAACUGUUGGCGGGAUAGGUGAAACUGUGUUUAACUUCAACAAGUUUAGUGACAGCAGUCAGAUGAUACCUGCGAUGUAUCGCGGUAUUAUGAAAGAGGAUAGCUGUCAUACAAAGGAUUGUUCAUCAGGAAAUUUAGUUGCGUUGAUGCAUCACUUUGCUGAGGAGCUUCUAAAUGUAACCGACCAAGGACGUAAACAAGUUGCUGUCGUUUUUACACAGGGCCAUGUGACGGAUUCCGAAAGGAACUUCGUUUUAAAUGAGGGAAAACGGUUAAAGGAAAAUGGUGUGAUCAUUGUUGUUGUUAGCAUAGGAAGAGAUGCCAAUGAUGAUCUGAUGCUUCAGCUGUCCACGAGUUCGUUCUUCGUAUUCUUGGUUGGAGAAGACGUAUCGACCUCUGUUGAUGUAAUCAAAGCACUCGUGUCAACAAUUGAAUAUGACAGCUGCUACGAUAUUCAGAACUAUCCCAUAUUUGACUCACUUUUUGUGUUUGUUGUGAAGAACAAGAAUCACAUCAUCGGGACAAAAGAGGGGCCCGCGAAUCAAACUGCAGCAGUGGAUCGUAUUGCACAAAUGGCGGCGUUUGUGUGGAAAACGGAGCGGACUACACGUGUGUAUGCCAGAAUGGGUGGAACGGAAAGGAUUGUGAACAAGUCGUCUGUACCUGGUCUGGACAUUGUAACGACCGUGGAACUUGUGUCCCUAUAUCUACCAAUACCGACUAUACGUGCAGCAAUUGCGCUUCAGGAUGGAAAGGAAAAAGUUGCCAUCUCGUUGUCUGUACCUGGUCUGGACAUUGUAACGACCGUGGAACUUGUGUCCCAACAUCUACCAAUACCGACUAUACGUGUAACAAUUGUGCUUCAGGGUGGAAAGGAAAAAGUUGCCACCUCGUUGUUUGUACUUGGUCUGGACAUUGUAAUGACCGUGGAACUUGCGUUCCAAUAUCUACCAAUUCCGACUACUCGUGCAGCAACUGCGCUUCUGGUUGGAAAGGAAAAAGUUGCCAUCUUGUUGGUUAGAAACGUCUAUUUUCAAUAUUGUGGCAGUGGACAAUACUGCGCCAACGAUGGUGUUUGUGAGGAAAAUGGAACGGACUACACGUGUGUGUGCAAGGAUGGCUGGUCCGGAAAAGAUUGUGAACUCGUCGUCUGUAACUGGUCAGGACACUGCAACAGCCGUGGAACGUGUAAUAGAACGUCCACUUUUAUGGAUUACACGUGCAGCAAUUGCAAUAAUGGUUGGAAAGGCAAAAGUUGCCAUCUCGUUGACUGCAACAGUGGAGUGUAUUGCAAAAAUGGCGGUGUAUGUGUGGACGAUGUCAGCAGUGGAACGGACUAUCGAUGCAUCUGCGAGGAGGGCUGGAAAGGAAAGGACUGCCAGUUCAUUGACUGCGACAGCCCAAUCCGCUGUUUGAAUGACGGGGAAUGCCAAUUACAAAACAGUGGACUGGAGUUCAAUUGCACGUGCGCGCAAGGUUACCUCGGUGAUAACUGCCAGAUAGAUAUGUGCUCGCCGUAUAUGAUUGCCGACAUUGUAAUGGUAAUCGACAUUUCCGACAGUCAGACAAACAUGGUUUUUCAAGAACUGAAGGAGAAUAUAAAACAAUUAAUUUCACAGUUUCCGGUCGGCCCAAAUCACUUUCAGUUCAGUAUAAUCCUUUAUGGUAAACAGCCCCAUGUUAUGUUUCACUUGAACAACACCUACGACAACGAUACUAUUUUGGACGCUGUUGACAAUAUGACAAUCCCAGACAUAAUACGGGGACCAACCUUCACCGGCGAAGCGUUGCAAUUUUUAUACAAAGAAAGUUUUCGCGAAUCUAACGGAGGUCGGUCUGAGGUUGACAGAUAUGUGCUUGUACUCACGGACGGAAUGGCAAGCGAUAGACAAAAAACGCUUGAACAGGCUAAGCGACUUUCUACUAUUCCCAACAAUCAAGUACUAGGCGUCGGAGUCGGUAGAUAUGUGUGGCAUGAAGAAUUAUUGGCAAUAACUGACACCGUGAGGAACGUACAUCCUCUGUUCGGUGACAACACCAUCGUCAGCCUAUUAAAACGGACAAUGUUCGGGUGUGACCGCUGCACAACAUCAUAUUCUGAUGUGGCGUUAGCAUUCGAUGUCGCAUCGUUUGGCUACGAGCAGUUGGAAGAAGCAUUGAAAGUUGCGGAAGUUCUAAUUUCUCAAGUUCACACGGGCAUCAAUCAAACACGAAUCAGUCUGUCAAAAACUGUUGGCGGAAUAGGUGAAACUGUGUUUAACUUCAACAAGUUUAGUGACAGCAGUCAGAUGAUACCUGCGAUGUAUGGCGGUAUUAUGAAAGAGGACAGCUGUCAUACAAAGGAUUGUUCAUCAGGAUAUUUAGUUGCGUUGAUGCAUCACUUGACUGAGGAGCUUCUUAAUGUAACCAACCAAGGACGUAAACAAGUUGCUGUCGUUUUUACACAGGGCCACAUGACGGAUUCCGAAAUGAACUUCGUUUUAAAUGAGGGAAAACGGUUAAAGGAAAAUGGUGUGAUCCUUGUUGUUGUUAGCAUUGGAAGAGAUGCCAAUGUUGAUCUGAUGCUUCAGCUGUCCACGAGUUUCUUUCUUCGUUUUCUUGGUUGGAGAAGACGUAGUGACUUCUGUUGAUGUAAUCAAAGCACUCGUGUCAACAAUUGAAUAUGACAGCUGCUACGACAUUCAGAACUAUCCCAUAUUUGACUCAUUUAAAUGAACACAGAAUAAAAGCACACAGUAUAAUUUUGAUUGGUUUGUGUACAAAGAUCGUUCUUUUUUGCGAUUGUGAAUUUAUAUUAGCCAAUUAAACUCAAAUCCAUCUAUUUCAAGAAUUUUGUUUGCAUAAACGUUCAUUAUAUGUUUUUAGCAGAUACAUUUUGAUAAAUUUUAACCAUUUGCAUAUUGCUGAUUAUUGUAAAUAUAGUUUCCAUUUUUUAAAUUGUAUAUAUGUUGUGAAUUAUUGUCUGUAUAUUUUUUCUCCAUGCACUUAGCGUGUAAAUUGUAGAUUUUUCAUUUAAACAUGUACGAAUAUAAUGCUUUUCUCAGCCAUGCCAUCAUACAAUUAUACUUUAUGCGCUAAUUAAUACAGACACUUUUUAAUACUGUUUGCAAAUAUACAAUACCUGUUUGCUUAAGUCUUAAUGCCAUGAUAUUAGUGAACAUCGUAUUAUCAUACUAAAAAAGCUCAUACGUAAACACAAGAGUUAUAAUUGCGAGCGACAUUAAUAUAUAAAUAGCUUGAAGAGCUAUAUUUAAAUGUUGAUUCGUUAAAACAUAUACUAAUGUUACCCGGUGGGAAAUAACAAUUGUACGGAAAACAAAGUGUAUUUUGUGAUAUCAAAAAGCUUUUCUGCCGU